AAACCUACUUCUUAAUUUGGCAUUAGAUGAUCGGGCGGAGAGGGAGUCACUGGAUUCGAUUUAAAAGAGAGAAGAUUGUUAAUUACAAGAAUAAAUUUGAUUCAACGAAUUAUAUUUGUUCCCGGCGACGACACUAGAUACCAGUGACCAUCUAACAGUACUACGCAAGGAUCAAAGAUGAAUUUGGGUUUCAGUUUAAAGGCAGUCGGCAUCACAUUGCUGGCUGUGAUCAUCGCUCUGGCCUUUGCAGACAACCCAAGACAGGUACAGAAAAAGCCAAUGUAUCGAGGAUGGACGAAAAUGACAGAAAGUAGAUACGGGCCUACAGUAAGAGACAAUGGUCAAUCAAAUAUUCAGACGAGAGCAUGGAACUCACGAACAAGAGUAGGGAAGAGAUUUGUUCCUGAACUUGAUUCAUUCGUCAAAAGGCCUGCUUGGUCGCCUCGCCCCCCAGUAGGCGGGGUUGCGAAGAGGGACUGGGGCUUUGUGCUGAGCCCAGAAGAAAUCAACGAUGCCUUUGAGGACGAGCAGCUUAUAGAUGAUGCCGCCUUAGAUUUACAUCCCGGUGAAAAUGACGAUGUAUUGAGAGAAAUAAUGGAUUACGUCAAACGCGAAGGUCGACAAAAGUAGCGUUCCACUCGCUUGCCAGAGUGCUUCAUGGUGACAUGAAAAAUGAAAUUUUAUUA